CCCAACAACAUGAAAAGUGGCUAAAUUGUCGACGCAGACAACUUUCGUUGUAAAGAUAGGAUCUGUCUUGCUCUUUCUACACUCUUGGGCUCAAUGGAACGUUUCCACUGAUUGUACACAAUCAUCAUGGCGACCCAGGAUGGAAGUCAAGUUACAAUGCAAACAGAUGCAAAGCCAAAGGAAGAAGAGGAAGAUGCAUGUACGAGCGAAACUACGGAGAAGGGCGACUCGGAAUCGACGUCCACCUCGGGGAACGCCAUGGGAAGCACGGCCACUCAGGACUCUUCAAGCAUCAGCAAUGGGAACGACAACACCGAGGAGGAAGGCGAGAUGGUGGACUUGAAGAUCAUUUGGAACAAGAUCAAAUACGACUUGAGGAUCCCUCUGGAGAGCACCGGCGCUAGACUAAAGGAAAAGAUCCACUCGCUCACCGGUCUUCCGCCGGCUAUGCAGAAGGUGAUGUACAAGGGCCUGGUCCCAGAGGACAAGACGCUACGGGAGAUGAAAGUGACAAGCGGCGCCAAGAUCAUGGUGGUGGGUUCCACCAUAAACGACGUGCUGGCCGUCAGCACGCCCAAAGAAGUCGUUCAACAGGAAGCGAAGGCUGACGAAAACAAGAAGGAGCCUCUGUGCAGACAAAAGCAACACAGGAAAGUUCUGGACAAAGGUAAACCAGAGGAUGUAAUGCCAGCUAUUAAAGGAACAAAAGAGCGACUACCAACCGUGCCUUUAUCCGGAAUGUACAACAAGUCCGGAGGAAAAGUAAGACUCACGUUCAAACUGGAGCAGGAUCAGCUGUGGAUCGGGACUAAAGAGAGGACAGAGAAAGUCCCAAUGGGCUCCAUCAAAAAUGUGGUUUCCGAGCCCAUUGAAGAUCACGAGGACUAUCACAUGAUGGCAUUCCAGCUUGGUCCAACAGAAGCGUCACAGUAUUGGGUUUACUGGGUGCCCACGCAGUUCGUUGAUGCAAUCAAAGACACAGUUCUAGGGAAAUGGCAGUAUUUCUAAUGUGCCUCUUAUCAAUUUUGGUUUUGUCAAUGAUGAACUGAGACAAAAAACAAAAACAGGAGAAACGAGAGAGGGGCUCGAGGAAACUUGUCGGCAUUUUAUCUGAAGGAGCUUGACUGACGCCUGCUGACUAAAAUCGUCGUUCUUAGGUUAAACGUGCGCUACAAGCAGCGCCGUUAACAUUUCUCAGCCCUCCCUCUUGUUGAUCAUUUUCAGCAAAUCCAAGGAGAAGAAAAACAAUUAAAACAAUUGUACAGAAAUUGCUAACACUUUUCUUCUGUUAUUC